CUGGCAGGCGGCCUGGCCCGGCCCCUUCUCUAAGGAAGCGCAUUUCCUGCCGCCUCUGGCCCGGCUGGAUGAGCCCGAGCUCCCACGGCAGCCGCUCAGACCCCGGCCGCCAGCUGCACCCUCAGGCCCGGACAGUCGCCGCAGCCGCCACCGUCCACGGGAGCCGGCAUCCCCGCCCGCCCGCACCCUCCGGCCUGGCCCCGCGCCCUGGUGCCCACUUCUCCUGACCCCUCGGCCGCCCCCUCAGAAGGCUGGAGCAGGGACGCCGUCGCCCCGGCCGCCUGCUCCCCUUGCGUCCCCACGAGAGCCCCCGCCGGCCCCCGCGCCCACCCUCGGCCCUGCCCCUGGACACCGGAUAGGGCCCCGCACGCCGUGCCCGGCUGGACAGCAUGCACCGCCGCCCGCGCCCCCCACUGCUGGCCCUGCUGCUGGCCCUCUACAGCCUCAGCCACACAGGUCUUGGCGAAACAGUCCUUUGUAACCUUCAUCCCGUGGACCCUGCGGAGAGCGAGGUGACAUACGUCACGAGCCAAGUGCCCGAAGGCUGCGUGGCCCAGGUCUCCAGCGCGUCUCUGGAAACGCGGGUCUUCUUCCUGGAGUUCCUGGCGGAGGUGUCCGACCUGGAGUUGACUGUCCAGCCGUCAGAGCAGAAAGGCCCCGGCUCCCCAGAAGUGCUCCUGGUGCUCAGCGUGACCAAGUCCGUCUACCUGCGUCUGCGCGCCCCCGGGAUCUCACUCCAGCUGGCUGCGGACCCCCUGGUCAUCCUGCAUGAACCCUCAGGAGUCAGCCGCACGCCGCUGCCGUCCUUCUCCACCAAGGAGGAGCUGGUCACCUGGGCCGCUGCCAAGGGCCCUGUGGCCUCGGUGGCCCAGCUGAACGAUCCUCAGAGAAUCCUCCUCCGGCUGGACCAAGCCCCGGGGUCACCGCCGUCCUGUCAUCUGGAGCCCCACGUGGACAUGGGCCGCACGCUGGAGUGGCAGCCUCGCUCCGGGAUCCCCGUCCAGCGCUGCCGUUUGGAAGGGGUGGCCGGCCACAAGGAGGCGCACAUCCUGAGGGUCCUGCCUGCACCCGAGGCCAGGCCCCAGACAGUGACCGUGAAGGUGGAACUGAGUUGCCCUUCCGGGGACCCCGAUGCCGUGCUCAUACUUCAGGGCCCGCCCUACGUGUCCUGGCUCAUCGACUCCAACCACAACAUGCAAAUAUGGACCACUGGCAAAUACUCCAUCAAGAUCUUCCCGGACAAGAGCAUAGCCGGCUACAAGCUCCCGGACACGCCCCAGGGCCUGCUGCAGGAGGCCCAGAGGCUCAACGCCAGCACCAUCGCCACCUUCGCCGAGCUGCCCCUGGCCAGCGAGGUGUCCCUGCUUGCCCGCAGCUGCGGCAGCAGGCUGCAGACCACCCCCGCUCCGGUGCAGACCACCCCCUCCAGGGAGAUGUGUGACCAGAUGCUGCUGCUGUCGCUCGUCCAGCCCUCGUGUGCGGAGGACAGCAUGACCCUAGUGCUCAAGAAGGAGCUCAUCGAGAAGCUGGGCUGCGCCAUCACCAGCAUGAGUUUCAGGGACGCCGGCUGCCAGGCUGAGGACAGAGGUGACCACUUUGUCCUGCACAGCACCUACUCCGACUGUGGCAUGGAAGUGACAGAAAACAUGGCCAGGAACGAGGUGGUCAUCAGCCUCUUGGCAAGUUCAUCGCCGCAGCGGAAAACAGUGCACUGUGUCAACUUGGGGAGCCUCUCCUUCCAGCUGGGCCUCUACCUCAGCCCCCACUUCCUCCAGGCCUCCAACACCAUCGAGCUGGGCCAGCAGGGCUUCGUGCAGGUCAGCAUGUCUCCGUCCAUCCCCGAGCUCACCCCGCAGCUCGACAGCUGCCAGCUGGAUUUGGGGUCUGACGGAGACAAAGUGGACCUCAUCCAGAACCAGGCCGCCAAGGGCAGCUGCGUCAACCUGCUGUCCCCCAGCCCCGAGGGCGACAAGCGCUUCAGCUUCCUCCUCCGAGGCUACAUGGUGUCCACGCCCACGGUGGGCACCCUCACCUGCUCCAUCGCCCUCCGCCCCAGGGCUUGGUCCGUGGACGUGCUCAGGACUGCCUCCAUCCGCCUGAACAUCAUCGGGCCGGGCCUGCCUGGCAAGACGCUCGUCCUGCCCGCCGUGCUGGGCAUCACCUUCGGCGCCUUCCUCAUCGGGGCCCUGCUCACCGCCGCGCUCUGGUACAUCUACUCGCACACGCGUGCCCCCGGCAAGCGGGAGCCCGUGGUGGCGGUGGCUGCCCCGGCCUCGUCGGAGAGCGGCAGCACCAACCCCAGCAUCGGGAGCACCCAGAGCACGCCCUGCUCCACCAGCAGCAUGGCCUAGCGCCCCCCCCUCCGACGCCUGUGGGGCAGCAGCGGCCCCAGCCUGGAACACUGCGGGGCACCCCCCAGCCCGCCCCGACGGACCUGCAGACCCAGCGUGCCAGGGCUAAGGCCGCCGGCGCCGUGGAGAGAGACAGCGCUGCCCUCCGCGACCGAGUCUCUGCCAUUCGGACCCGGACCCAGCCCCGAGACCGGGCAGGGCGGGAGGGGAGAACAGACGACCCGGGGGCCUCUCCAGGCGGCAGGAGAGCAUCACGCAGGGCGCCAGGAGUGGGUGCCCACGGCGUCAGCCCUGGCCCGGCUCGGCGGGACGCACAGGCCCGGGGGCAGAGGGGCUCGGCUCCCUCCUGCGAACACCGCCCCGAGCCCCCCGCCGCCUGCCCUGGGUCCACCCCCAUAUACUCUCCACCAAUAAAUCAGACUCUGAAACCCA